AUGGUGCCAUGUCCUUCCUGCUUUCUUGCUGUCGUCGCCGCGAUGGUCCGCUCGUAAUUCCAGAGGAAAGGCAGCCGUUUCUGGCUGGAAACAAUGAUCAAAACACGCUGGGGAAAGAUUCGUCAGAAACGACCCCGUGGUUGACUAAAGUUGUCGAGGUCGCCACCGCCUUUAAAGCUGGAAAACUACCAUCUGGAGCGCAAAUCGACAAUGCGGCCAGUAGGGGUAUCAAAGUCGUGGACGGCACAUCUAGAGGUGAUACUCAACACAGCGCUCUGGUCAGGAACCUGGCAAGGUCAACAAAGCAGCUCCUUCAGAACGUCCUCCGGUUCGAUUUGGAGAAGAAUGAAGACGACAAGUUGCAGGAUGUAUACUAUCGCCUCAAGACCACGGAAAUUGCAGAGCACGUCUCUGUGAAUGUGAGUAAAUCAGAGCUGGAGCGUACUCCCGCAGAACUCGAAGCUACUCAAGCCGACAUCACCUCUCUUUUCCAGUCUAUCCUGACCGUAUCCAACUUCCUUCUCACCUCCUCCGUCCUUCGACUUAUCUUCCUAGACUUCUUCCGCGACUCACGCGAGGCAUUAUCCAAGACGGCGGAGAAUGUCGGUGAGCUAGCUGCAGCUGUCGAGCAAGGCGCAAGGAUUGUCGAGGAUACGGUGGGAGUCAAAGCUCGUGUCAGCCCCGGAGCCACUGGUGUCCAGCAGGUCAUUCACGAAGCCGAGGACCGAGCUCACGAGGUGGGCGAGACUAUCAAGGAAGAAAAGUCGUUGAUAGUGAGGGACGUCGCUGUGCGCAGGGCCCAAGACUUGAUAAUUCGAGCGCAUCAAGACGAGAAGCACUUGACUGCAAUAAAAACGAUCAUCGAUCUCAUGGGCAAAUAUUCUCAAAAGUCUUCCGUUCUUAGCCAGAUGUCCGUUGAGACUACCCCUAUGCUGGAAGACCUCCUCGGAGAUAGUCGCACCAUUCUCGAGCGUAUGGCGUCGCAUCAGUCACUCGAAUCCGUUGUCCAAGCCCUCCGAGCAGUCAUGCGCGACUUCUAUGCCUUGUUGACAGGUGCAACAGAUGAUGACGAGGCCGACGACACAUCCCACGUCAUUUCCUAUGUUUCUGACCUGAAACACUACCUGGACCAUGCAUUAUCAGAUCCUCAGUUUGCUGCGUCCCUCAGUAGCAAGAGGGAGCUGGAAGGGCUUUACACCCGCGCUGCCGCCUUCUUCAACUCUUCUUCCUCCAGGCUAGCUCGCGAUAUGAUUGAAGUACACACGCAACUUCUGCUCUCCAUCAACGCUCUUAUUACAGAUCGUUCCACCGGGGCCCUCCUAUCAUCUCUAGACGAGCUCAGUCACACGAUCCAGCAGUCACGCAAGGGAGGCUGGACGUACAAGCUCGUUUCCGAGCUCCUCGCAUGGACGCUCCCCCGCGCCUUGCGGGUAGUCCGCACGCUGCCUCUCCCCCGCGUCGAGUACAGGGACCCGUCCACCGAGGUCGCGCUCGACAACCUCUGUCUCACGCCUGUCGUUUUCCCGACGAACGGGGGCUGGGGCGGCGUGCAGGAUUAUGCAUACCAGAGCCCGACGAGCGGCCUUGUGCCCGACAACGUGCGCGUGCAGACGUGGAACGACACCAUCGUGGACACGCAGAAUGGCGCUGUGAGCCAUCGGACGUGGCUGAGGCUGCAGGCGAAGGGCGUGAGGAUCGCGGCGGAGAAUGUGGGGUAUUAUUUCAAGUAUUCGGCGGCAGCGUUCCCGUUUUCGUAUGAGGAUGAGGGUGUGAUGGGUAUUGAGCUCGGCGGGGAGGGUGUUGAGUUGGAUGUGCAGCUUGAGAUGAGUGGAUCUUGGAAUGACGAGGAGACGGAAGGAGGGAAGCAGGCUGGGGCGCCAGGGACACGCGAACCGAACGGCGAGAGAAGACACGAAGAUGGGCUAGAUCAGAACCAACUUGAUGAGCGUGCUGAAAAGACGCCACCGGUGUUCAUCGUACACUCUGUGCACAUCCAUCUUCCGCCGAUCAGACUCUCGCUCAGCAGAACAUCGCACCCUAUCCUUAACGCUCUCCUCAUCCGACCGCUGGGGAAGCGCAUCGCGCGUACCGUUGUCACGCACAUCCUCGAGUCGCAGAUCCGCGCGCUGCUUGAGCAGACGGAGCACCUCCUCGCCGACGUGCGCAGGCGGCACACGCAGCGCAGGGCCGAGUACGCGCGCGCAGGCCGUGAGGACGAAGCGGCGACGGGGGGGAUUCAGCUCAGCGACAUCGUCGACGCUGUGUGCGCUGCGCUGCCCGAACAGGACGCGCGCGUCGAGGUGCGCACGCAGGGAACGCUCAAGGGGAUCGUGCGACAGACGGUCGUACACGAGCGCGUCGACGAGGGCGUGCGCGUGCGAGAGUUCGAGUCUGCAGCUGGGCGUGACGGCGGGGUGACGCCGCCGCCGCAUGUGGUCGUCGAGCCAGGGGCGGAGGUGACGUUCGAGGAGAACGCGGUCGCGGUGGGCGUGCAGCCGCAGCUGUUCCCGGAUAGGGAUCCUGGGGCGCUCGUGAGACCGUCGACGCCUCCUGGGGAGCAUGUACCACGUCCGCAGGAGGUGGUUGAUGAGGCGCGUAACCGCGUUCGUGGAGCUCGAGAUGAUGUGGAGGCUAUUCCCGGGCUGGUGCGGGAGGCUGCUGAGCAGGUCGACGAUGGUCCUGGUUGGCGGAGCUCUGCGUUCGAUCUUUGA